GGUACAUAUCGUAAACUCUCCGUAGGAGUCAAUGCUUUCUAAAGUACUACUAAAUAUAUGAAUCUCACAAUAGAACCCUGUAAGAUAUCCAGAGAUUUCUUAGGCUGUAUAGUAAUAAUCUGUACCUGCCAAGCAUUGAGUGUGGGGUGAAUUCCGCACUGUCGGACUUGAGUCCGAGCACGUCAGGAACACGAAGAAUGAUAGCCGAACUAACAUGAAGGGUCUAUUAUGCCUCAGCCAUAAAGAUAAAACCUUUUGACUACCACCCCCACUCGGCCGAUAUCCGAUACGACUCCUCAUUCUUAGUGUCGAUGGCGUGUGAGCUUACCGCAUGAAGAACCUGCAGUCAAGUGUAGUGUAUAAAGAUGUCGGCGUACCUCGCCUCGCCGAGAAGUAGUAAGAGGAAUUGAUCCAAAUGCUGAGACCCUCGACAUUGUCUCAUAUUCCCAAGUCCAAGUUAUACCUUUUUCCAAUUCUGAGCCAUGCGAGCGCUUUCCCGCCUGCCUCGGGGUUUCCCCGCAAAUCCCCGCGCACUCCAUCGCCGGCCCACUCUCUUACAACCAGAAGUCUCGAUGGUCGCUCGGUUCAAUAGCUCGAUUUCGAGUGGCAAUAGCAGUGGAAAGGAUAAGGACGCUGUGAGCCUCCAGUCGCCCACCCAAUCGAGCUCUUGGACCGCGAGUCGAACGCUCCUUAUUUCUGCCCUGGCCGCUGGUCUCAGCUACGCUUACGCAGUCUCGGAUCAAACAUCUCAAUCGCAGGGCCUGAAGCAGCCUCACUAUGGCUCUGCGCAGGAUUUUAAGAAGGCCAUUGUCGAAUUGCGGGCCAAAUUGGGCGAUAAUGCUGUCAGCACGGAUGAGGAUGACCUCCAACUACACGGGUUCUCGGAGUGGUCUAGUGUCAACGCAGACCGGUUCCCUGUUGCUAUCGCGUAUCCGAAGAGCACGGAGGACGUCUCCGAAAUUGCUAGGAUUUGCCACAAAUACAAGAUGCCAAUGAUUCCUUACUCGGGAGGAUCUAGCCUUGAGGCCAAUUUCUCGGCAGUACAUGGCGGCCUGACAAUUGACUUCGCCUCUAUGAACAAGAUAUUGGAGCUUCAUGAGGAUGAUAUGGAUGUGGUCGUCCAACCAUCUAUUAGAUGGAUGGAGUUGAAUGAGAAACUUAGGGAUUCUGGCCUUUUCUUCCCUGUUGACCCCGGACCUUCGGCAAUGAUUGGAGGAAUGAUCGGGACGAAUUGCAGCGGAACCAAUGCGGUGAGGUAUGGAACAAUGAAGGAUUGGGUGAUUAACCUGACGGUUGUUCUCGCAGAUGGGCGCAUCGUGAAAACACGCAGACGUCCACGCAAGACUUCUGCUGGCUACAACUUGACUGGCAUGUUUGUAGGGUCCGAGGGAACGCUUGGUAUAGUCACCGAGGCGACUCUCAAGUUAACGCCGAUCCCAGAGGAAACUCGCGUUGGAGUUGUAACAUUUCCUACCAUGCGCGACGCUGCAUCUACUGCCAUGCAGCUGAUAAAAAAAGGGAUUCCGGUACAGUGCAUGGAAAUUCUAGACGAUGUCCAGAUGGAUGUUAUCAACCGCGCUGGCGGUACUGGGCGACAUUGGACAACGCUACCCACGCUGUUUUUCAAAUUCUCUGGCACGAGUGCUGGUAUUCUGGACAGUGUUACGCGAACCAGAGACCUGGCCAAAAAGAACCAUGCCACAUCCUUCGAGUUUGCUCGAGAUGAGCGUGAGGCGCAUGAUUUAUGGUCGGCACGAAAGCAGGCUUUGUGGAGCAUGCUAGCGUUGAGAAAAGAAGGUUCACAAGUAUGGUCCACUGAUGUCUCUGUGCCGAUCUCAAGACUUCCUGAUAUUAUCGGUAUGUCCCUGUGCGGAAACGGACUUCCAUGGCCCAUGCUAAAGUUACUAGAAAUCACGAAAAAGGAGCUUGAUGAUCUUGGAGUCUUUGCAAGCGUCCUCGGCCAUAUUGGUGACGGAAAUUUCCACACGUGUAUUCUCUAUGACCGCAAAGAUCCAGCAGAGACGGAGCGCGUGGAGAAAGUGGUACAUGACAUGGUUGAUCGUGCUUUGGAAAUGGAGGGUUCUUGCACUGUAACAUAUCCCUGCUUAACGUACGAUGUAUCCCUGUGGCUGACUUUCGACUAGGGCGAACAUGGUAUUGGGCUGGGCAAGAAAAAGUCCCUUAAAAAGGAGCUUGGCUCAGAGACUGUUGAGGUCAUGCGCAGCUUCAAG